CUAAACAAGGUGAAGAUAUGUUAAUGGCUUCCCUAAGCAUGAAGUUCAUAUGCUUAGCCCUAGUGCUUCUUUUGACUUCUGCAUGCCUCUUCACUGCUCAUGCCCAUGGAGUUGUAGAAGAUGAUGCUGUUUCUUCAACUGAAAAGGAGGAAGAAGUGUUUGUUACUGGGAGUGGAAUUGGAGGGAGGAAAUUAAUGGUUGACAACAAGAGAGUGGAUACUGAAGGCAUCAAUGCAGGAGUUGGAGUGACCGGAAACCCUAAUUGGACAGCAAAUGAAGAACUCCAUGCAAAAGAAACAGGCAACAAAAGAAAAUGGCAGAAAAAGCCAACUCAUUUGCCUAAAACGGUAAAACAAGAAGAUGGUUUUGUAGCUUUCAGUGCUGAUUAUCAUGCACCUAGGCAUCACCCACCCAAAAACAACUGAAGGAAAAAGGAAGUGUUUAAUAUAAUAAAAUGUAAGAAGAUAGUUUCUGUUUCUUUUUGGAAGAAGAUAGUUUCUGUUUUUUUUGCUAGAUUAUAUACCCCUUUUUGUGACCAAUCUGUUUGUUUAUUACUCCUUCUUAUCAAGUGAUUGUCAGAUGGAUGU